UACACACACACACAUGUGCACAUAGAGCAGGAGAUUUUAAUACUGACUCAUAAAUGGACUUUAGCACACACGUGUGUGUGAGUGCGUGGGCAAUAAGAACGGGGGAGUGUCAGUAGUGGGUGCAUUGCUGUGACAUUUGGGAAGUGACAUCACGCAUGACAACUCUACACCCUCUGUUAGUGAAAUACUGGCAGUUAUUCAGACUGUCUAAAGAGCUCAAAACUAUUCUGACCAUUAACCGUGUCUGUGUGUGCUGUGUGUGUGCUGUGUGUGUUAUACACCCUGAGUGAUGUGGCUCAUUCUGACUCUGUUGCUGCUGCUGUCUCUGUCUCUGGGACACACGGUGGAACCGGGAUGUGAUGACUGGAGAAUAGAUUCCUCAUCCGCUGACAAAGUUUGCUGUAAUAGAUGUAAGCAAGGAAACCGCCUGGUGUUUGAUUGUGGUUCAGACACGAAGCAGCUGUGUGAGCCGUGUACAAACGGAACAUACACUGACACCUUUACUGCCAGUUUCUGCAAAAGAUGCACCGAAUGCAUAAGUCCACUGAGAGUGAAGCAGCUCUGCACUGCCAGCACUGAUACAGUGUGUGAGUGCGCUCAGGGAUUUCGGUGUGGAGAUCAAUCCUGCUCCUUCUGCAUCCAAGAGUGUGGUGAAGGAGAAGAACCUACAGAGCACAGAGGUUGCCAGCCUUGCCCUGCAGGAACAUUCAACAGUCAGAUCCAUCAUCACUGCGUUAAGUGGAGCAGCAGCUGCCCAUCACCGGAUCAGCAGAUUGUGGCUGCGGGAACGGCCGUCACUGACAUCGUCUGUGCUGAUCUAAAACCCACCACGCCAAGGCCAGACGUUAAAUCAGAUCCGGGGCUGAUGCUGGUCAUCGCUGUCAUUUGUACCUGCUUGAUCAUCAGUGCAGCAAUUCCGCUGUGCAUGGUCAUGUAUUUUAAAAAGGAGAAGGCAGUGAAGAUGCCACCCAUGCCUGUGGAAACUCCAGCUGUUGAAGCAGGGCGGAGGCUGGUGCCUGAACCUGAGCAGUGCAGUUUCUGUUUUCCGCAGGAGGAACGCGGCAGUAAUUCAUCUCUGCUCUUGGACGAUAAGCCCUUUGAACUGGUCGUGUGACAACAAGAUUUCCUCAUUACUUUUUUUUUUUUCCAUAAAUAGUGCUUUCUAAAACAAAUAGUUUUUCAAAUUUUCUACAAAGCUUUAUGAAUUAGAUUUUUGAAUCUGCCUGGUACAGGGUUCUUUAAUCGUAUCUAAAAAACCAGGCUGUAAUGUAUAGUUACAAUGUGAUAUUUAUGUUAUUAUUAUUAUUUUUCUUCCUUCUGUCAGUGCUAUAAUUUAUUUCAUUUUUAGAAUUGUUGGACUAUUUUAUUUUUGACUACCUUUUGUUUCAUUAUUUGUUUUUUACCCAUUGUAAAGCAUGUAUGAAAUGUGCUAUAUGAAUAAAGUUUAUUUUUAUUAUUA